UGUCAUGUGUGUGAUCUCUCUCUGCAAUCAUAAUGACAAGUGUUUUGUCAACAUAACCAAGUUUAUGCACACAACCAAGCCUUCUCUUCUGAUUCGAAGCUGAGACCACGUUCUCUACUCAAACAAACCAUCAAUUUCAAUUCCAAAACUACAAGGAUUCUGUACACUCCUGAGCUAUGAAGAUGGAUUUGAUGUCUGGUUACAAGGGGGUUGUGGGGCUUGUUUUUGGCAAUGAGAAUUCUUCAAAUGAAGAUAGCUACGUUGAGCGCUUGCUUGACCGGAUAAGCAAUGGUAAACUACCAGAGGACAGGAGAAAUGCUAUUAUUGAGCUUCAAGCUGUUGUCGCAGAAAGUCAACCUUUCCAGUUAGCAUUCGGGGCAAUGGGCUUUCCUAUAAUGUUAAGCGUCCUUAAGGAAGAACGUGAUGAUGUUGAGAUGGUUCGUGGAGCCCUAGAAACUCUUGUUAGUGCAUUGACUCCUAUUAAUCGUGCAAAAGGGUCAAGUAAUGAAGUUCAACCAGAUUUGAUGAAUACUGAUUUACUUUCUAGAGAAGCAGGAAGUAUCUCUCUUCUUCUAAGUUUGCUGGAAGAGGAUGAUUUCUAUGUACGAUAUUAUACUCUACAAAUAUUGACUGCCCUUCUCACUAAUUCUCCACAGAGGUUACAGGAAGCUAUAUUGACUAUCCCUCGUGGUAUAACUCGGUUAAUGGACAUGCUUAUGGAUCGUGAGGUAAUAAGGAACGAGGCCUUAUUGCUUCUUACUCAUCUUACCCGUGAAGCUGAGGAGAUUCAAAAGAUUGUCGUCUUUGAAGGUGCAUUUGAGAAGAUUUUCAGUAUCAUAAGAGAGGAGGGAAACUCAGAUGGUGGUGUCGUUGUACAGGAUUGCCUUGAGUUGUUGAACAAUUUGCUUCGUAAUACUGCAUCCAAUCAGGUACUACUAAGAGAGACUAUAGGACUUGAUUCAUUGAUAUCAAUUUUGAAGUUGAGAGGAAACUCUUAUACUUUUACUCAACAAAAGACAAUCAAUCUACUCAGUACGUUAGAAACCAUUAAAUUGUUACUAAAGGGAGGUUCUGAGGCUGAUCCUGGGAAAGAUAUGAAUAAACAGACAAAUAAGACAGCCCUGGUUCAGAAAAAGGUAUUGGACCAUUUGUUGGUAUUAGGUGUUGAAAGUCAAUGGGUACCUGUUGCAGUUCGCUGUGCGGCGACGCGAUGUAUUGGUGAUCUGAUUGCUGGUGAUUCAAAGAAUCUUGAUCUGCUUGCUAGCAAAGUUUUUGGGGAGGCACCACAAGAUGAACCUGCUCUGAAUUCUAUACUUAGAAUCCUUUUGAGAACUUCUAGCAUGCAAGAGUUUAUCGCAGCUGAUUAUGUUUUCAAAAGCUUUUGUGAGAAAAAUGCUGAUGGUCAAUCUAUGCUAGCAUCUACACUGAUUCCACAGCCGUACUCCAUGAAUCAUGCAUUCCUUGAGGGGGAUGUCAAUAUGUCUUUUGGAAGCAUGCUAUUACAUGGUCUUACUUUUGGUGAAAAUGAUGGUGAUCUUGAGACUUGUUGCAGAGCCGCCAGUGUUCUAUCUCAUAUAUUGAAGGACAAUCUCCAAUGCAAGGAAAGGGUUUUACGAAUUGAAAUUGAGGCACCCACACAGUCUUUGGGAGCUCCAGAGCCACUAAUGCAUCGAAUGGUGAAGUGUUUGGCCCUUGCUUCAUCCAUGAAAUCCAAAGAUGGAAAGUCUAGUACAUCUGGAAAUUCUUAUAUUCAAGCCAUUAUCUUGAAAUUACUCAUUACCUGGCUAGCAGAUUUCCCCAGUGCUGUGCACUGCUUCCUGGAUGCUCGACCCCACCUUACUUAUCUUCUUGAGCUAGUUUCAAAUUUGUCAGAAACAGUGUGUAUAAGGGGUUUCGCAGCAGUGGUCCUGGGUGAAUGUGUGAUCUACAAUAAAUCCACUGAAAGUGGAAAAGAUGCAUCUGCUAUCGUUGACACUAUAAGUCAGAAAGUUGGGCUUAGUUCAUACUUUUUAAAAUUUGAUGAGAUGCAGAAAAGUUUUGUUUUUGCCAACGUGGAAUCUUCCCUGGUCCACAAAUCAUUCACUAGAUCUUCAGCUGCUAGCAUGGCUGAUAUUGAAGAUGUAGAUGAGAAUGAUAUGUCAGAAAAGAAAAAUAUGGAUCAUCCAGUUCUCUCUUCAAUCUUGGAUUCUUACUUUGUGAAUCUUGUCAAAAGACUAGAGGCAGAUAUUAGAGAGCAGAUUGUGGAGGUUUAUAGUCAUCCAAAAACCAAGGUGGCAGUAGUGCCGGCAGAAUUAGAGCAGAAGAGUGGUGAAAGUGAUGGUGAGUAUGUAAAGCGGCUCAAAGCUUUUGUUGAGAAGCAGUGCUCUGAGAUAAAGGGUCUUGUUAUUCGAAAUGCUACUUUGGCUGAGGACCUGGCUAAGACAGGUAGUAGUUUCCAGUCUGAGCAAAGAGGGAGUGGGGGCUCAGACAGAGUCCAAAUAGAGACACUCCGUAGAGAUUUUCAUGAGGCAUGUCAAAGGUUGGAGGCACUCAAGGCAGAAAAGGCCAAAGUUGAAUCUGAGGCAAUAAUGUAUCGAAAUUUAGCUGAAAAGACGGAAGCCGAUUUAAGGAGUCUGUCUGAUGCCUACAAUAGUCUUGAGCAUUCCAACCUCCAACUGGAGAACGAGGUGAAAGCACUGAAGAGAGAAGGGCACUCAGCAUUCCCAGAUGUGGAGGCGAUAAAAGCUGAAGCAAGGGAAGAAGCUCAGAAGGAGAGUGAAGGGGAACUGAAUGAUCUGCUUGUAUGCCUCGGGCAAGAACAAAGCAAGGUGGACAGACUUAGUGCUAGAUUGCUUGAGCUAGGGGAGGAUGUUGACAAACUACUUGAAGGCGUUGGAGAUGAUGUUGAAGCUGCUGAAGAUGUUGAAGAUGAUGAAGAUGACGAGUGAUGGACUUUUAUCUCUGUCUUUAUGUUAAGUUGUACAGUCUAACACAAUCUAUGGAGAAUGAAGCUGAACAUAUAUUCCAUGGUUGUAUUUUAAAUUAUGAUUCCUUCAAAGACCUGUUUCUUACUGUUUUUAUCGUGUAAUUUUCAGGUGAUUAAAUUGUCCCUCGAUACUACAUAGUCUUUUUUUCUCCUCUGUAGUGUUGACCAAUUGAAUUUGUCUGAAAUUAUUUAAAGUCCAGCAUUUGUAUUUUGUUUAUAUUUCUAAA